UGUUCGGAGUGUCCUGGCCGCCAUCUUGUGGGGGGAGUGCAGCCGGUAGUGCCCCUGGCUCGGGGAGGGGACACGUCAGUGCCGCCAGGAACGUCACACAAUCCAGCCCAGCCUGCCGGCACGCGAUUGGCCGCUGGGGCCGCUUACGCGUCGCGCUUCCUCGUCGGCUCCGCGUGUUCAGGGUGGCUUGCUCUCUUUUCCAUCGGUAGAGAAGAGGCGAUGGCGGCGAUGGCAUCUCUCGGCGCCCUGACGCUCCUCCUGCUGUCUGGCCUCUCUUGCUGCUCAGCAGAAGCCUGCUUGGAGCCCCAGAUCACCCCUUCCUACUACACUACUUCGGAUGCAGUCAUUUCCACUGAGACGGUCUUCAUUGUAGAGAUCUCCCUGACAUGCAAGAACAGGGUGCAGAACAUGGCCCUUUAUGCUGAUGUCAGUGGGAAACAAUUCCCUGUGACCCGGGGUCAGGAUGUGGGCCGCUACCAGGUGUCCUGGAGCCUGGACCACAAGAACGCCCACGCGGGCACCUAUGAGGUCAGAUUCUUCGAUGAGGAGUCCUACAGCCUGUUAAGGAAGGCUCAGAGAAAUAACGAGGACAUUUCCAUCAUCUCACCCCUUUUCACAGUCAGCGUGGACCAUAGGGGUACCUGGAACGGGCCCUGGGUUUCUACUGAGGUGCUGGCUGCAGCAAUAGGCCUAGUGAUCUACUACCUGGCCUUCAGCGCAAAGAGUCACAUCCAGGCCUGAGCACUGCAACCCUUCCUUUACUUCUUUCAAUAAACAGUCAGUGUUCUUGGCUUGCCAUUGUCACGCCU